AGACUGAGGAAAUAUUUUUAUUGAAUCAUAUGUUAUUGUGAUGAUUGUGAUUGUUUUUUGAUCGACAUGUUUUUAAUUGAAUUCUUAUAGUUAACAGUCUGAAUCAUGACAGAUAAACAUAGUGUGAUCCUGGAGUUUGGCCAUAGAUAUACAAAGUGUGGAUUUGUUCAAGAGUUGGCUCCUCGGGCAAUCAUCAGAUCUGUUGUCGCAUCGUCACAUGGAAAAGAAGUUGAGUUAGCCAGUCUAUCUGGAAGUCAGUUGGACCAAGCUUUCAAAACAAUUAUCCAGACAAUUUACUUUAGAUAUCUUGGUGUCAAUUAUAAAGAACGCAAAGUGAUCCUCAUCGAAACCUUAUUUACUCAAAACAAUGUUCGACAAUCCCUGAUAAAUGUUCUUUAUCAACAUUUUGAAGUUCCAUCCCUUCUAAUAGUACCUCACCAUUUAAUGACUCUUGUACCGUACAUGGUCUCGACAGGAAUUGUUCUUGAUAUUGGAUGGAAAGAAGCAAUGGCAGUACCAGUUAUCGAAGGCAUCACGCUGGUCAAUUCUGUCAAAUAUACACCAUUAGGAGGUAAAGCAAUCAAUGAAAGGAUUCAUGAUGAGCUUAUUGAUAGGAAGGCAAUUUUAAGGAAAAAUGGUGUAGAAAAAGUAUAUGAAGAGUCAGAUCGUUUUGAUGAUUUUGUUCUAGAAAAUAUUAAAGUCAAGACAUGUUUUAUUGCUCCUUUCGAACGUGGCCAGUUAAUGUUGGAGCAUAAAGCAGGAUUGAAAGAAGCUCCAGAUAAUACACCAAAAGAUGUCUAUUUUCAUGUUGACCAAAAUAAUACUCUACUCAUUCCAGGAGGCUUACGAGAAAGUGCUGGUGAAAUUUUAUUUGAGCUGUAUGGCGAGGAAGAGACUGUAGCAACUCUAAUUUUAGAAGUUUUAUUGUCCUGUCCGAUUGAUUAUCGUAAAACACUGGCCUCCAACUUGAUUAUUACCGGCGGCACCUCAAUGUUACCUGGAUUCAAGCAUAGAUUAAAAAUGGAGCUGUUAUUUUUAGUGAAAAAGAUUGAAAAAUAUUCAAAUAACAUUUAUAUUGACAAAUUUAUGUUUCAUCCUCCUCUUUGCAAAGAGAAUUACAUUGCGUGGCUUGGUGCAUCAAUUUUUGGGUCUACUGAUGUUGUUGCAAUGAGAGCCAUUUCAAGGGACACGUAUCUUAAAACCAAAGGAUGUUUUGUUGACUGGUCUGAAUGGCGGCCUCAACCAUUGAAUAAAAUUUAAAGAUUAUUUCGUCUACAUCAGUUAAAGUUUAUAAUUUAAUGAUUAUUGCUGGAAACUAUUUUUUCCAAUCACCUUUUAUUGGUACAGUGUGCUGAAUAGUAUCUAGUCACGCAAAUUAUCCUCUAUAAGAUACUCUUGCUGUACCUAUUAAAGAUCUCCGGAUUCAUUAAUGAUCCUGUUGGUUUAUCAAACUCUUCACAUAUUCAUACUUGCCGGAUGAAAUUAAAUCAAACACCAUGUUUUCAACUCACCUAGUAAGGUUUUGUUGAACGGUUCUGUAAACAGAGUAAAAGCGAGAAAUUAAAGAUAUGCCUUGCUAUAAGAACUAAUUUGAGACUGGAGUAAAUUGCUCAUUCAGGAUGAGAAAUUGGAAGGAAAUAUGAUCGUAAAAGGAGAUCAACUAAUCAUAUUUAGACAAGGAAAACACUGAAGGAAACCUAAUUAUGACUAUACGCUGUGAGGGAAAAUUUAUUAGACUGUAAACAUUAAAAAGGCAAGAAACAUUAA